GAGAAACUGCCGAUGCCCGUGCUGCAGAGCGCGAUGUCCUCCUCCGCGAGGCGGAGGCACAAGAAGGCGAGAAUAGAGGGCGGGCUGCGGGUGCACUGGGACCGGUUCAGGAAGCGCAUGGGCACGGGCACGGCGCCGUCGACCUCGGAGAUACCAGACGAGAGCGGGACGGACAGCAGCGCGCGGCCUGGCGCGCGCUUUGCGAACGCGGAGGAGCUCGACGAGGUCGACGAGGUGGUUGUCGACCGUGAGUGGGCCGGCCGGGACCUCAAGACGUCCAUCACGCAGUCGGACGGCCAGGAGAACAGCCGGGAGAAGUCCGGGGGCGGCGGGGGCGCACAGGGUACGAACACGGACAUGGACAGUAUCAUCUGGUAUUCGGACGGGUUCUGGGCGAUUUGCACGCCGCUGAUAAUUCUGCGAUGGCGACUCUGGCCCGCAGUCAAGAAUUUCUUCUGGGUGCACUUUGACGAUCCGAAGAGCGAGAACCACUACCGGAAAGAGCUGUGGUUUACUAGGAAGUCGCUCGCCCUUUGGUCCGCUGUUUUCUUCGUUGCAACAUGGGUUAUCGGCACCGCGUUCAUCCCGAAACCAAUAGUACUCAUGGACAAGAUCUUCUACUAUGCUAUCGUUCCGGCGUUGACAGCUCCUCUGGUUUUCUUUGUCAUGUAUGACUUUCCUCGUGAUCGACCGGUGUUCUACCAGUUUUGGCUGCUGUGUGCUACCUGGAUGUGGGCGAUAUAUCAAGUCUUGUUCAUGUACAUGUGUGGCUUCUACAGGGAAGAUCCAGACUGGCUGUUCACGUGCGGACAAAAGGAUUUUGUCGGCACUUUCUAUUACGCCUCUGGCCUCCCGACCAUUGCAUUGUUCGGUCUCAAACAAGAUAGGCUACCCGCCCUCAUCGGUGCUAUUAUAUUCUUCGUGAUUUCGAAUGCCCUCAUUGAGCCUUUGCAUCGGAGUUGGGAACGAAAUCUCUUGAACUUCAUAGUCUUUUAUGGUUUCUUGCUGUAUGUGCACUUUAUGCGCGAAAACGCUGAACGCAGACUGUACACACUGCGCGACCAGCUCAAGAUACAAUUCCGAGCUACGCAAAAGGCGCAGGUGAAUGAGAGCAAGGCAGCAGAUUCCAAGCGCCGUCUGACUUCUUAUGUCUUCCACGAGGUUCGCGUCCCGCUGAACACCGCGCUGUUGGCGGUGCAGAAUAUGGAAGCCGCCGGUGUCGUGGCUAAGGAUCAGGAAGUCGAGUUCAGGGCGCUGGAGGCGAGUCUAACAAUGAUGUCGAAAGUCUUGAACGACGUUCUCGAUUUUAACCGCUUGGACAGCGGGAGAUUCGAGUCGGUGUCAAAGCCAUACGCGUUCCACCAAGUGAUGAGGUCUCUUCUCAAUCCUAUCAAGCUUGCGACCAAUGCGCGCAAGCUCGAGCUUGUCUCGGAUUUCGACAAGUCAAUAGACGAGAUUGCUAUGCGCGCAUUAAACGAGGCGAUCGGCGAGAAGCAAGUCGAUCCCAUGACCCAGUUGCUGCUGGAGCAGGCCGAAGGCGAUGGGAUCGUAGUUGGAGAUGAGAUGCGCCUGCGCCAGAUCAUAACCAACCUAGUCAGUAACGCCUGCAAGUUCACUCCGGAGGGCGGCACCGUCAGUAUCACCACGAAACUGGUUCUCCCGGGUAAUUCUCUAAGUCUAUACCGGGCCGCCACGCCCACGUCGAACCUCCACCAUGGCGCCAGAUCCAAUGAGCAGUGGAUCAAGUCUGAAAUGCUCGGAGAUGAUGCUACCCAGCAUGUAUUGUCUGCGCAGCACCUCAGUCAACAUGAGCAGAAUGUUCCAAAGGAGCCCAUUGAUUGGAUUGUUGUGAGAAUUGAGGUGCAGGAUACUGGAUUCGGGAUACCACCGAAGGAAAUGGUCGAAAGCAAGCUGUUUUCUGCCUUCAAUCAAACCGAGCAAGGUCGACAACAGGGUGGUAAAGGCACCGGGCUUGGGCUGGCUCUGGUACGGCAGAUUGUCAAGCGCAGCGGCGGACGACUUGGCGUGAAGUCAAAGGUUAACGAGGGGUCGACGUUCUGGGUCGAGCUGCCACUGGGAAUUGGGAGGAAGGCAUUGCCUGAGCUCACACCCACAACUUCGCUGCGCGGAAGUCAGCACAAGGUUAGACAUUUUGGAACUUCACCUGGCAGCGACAAGUCAACUCCCCCAAUCGACAUCGAGUCAGACCCUGUCAUCUCCCCGACUCGAAGAGCCAUGGCCGCGAUACAGAAUAUCACGGAACCGGGCAAUCUCGCCGCUUUGAUAUUGGCCAGCCACGUCGAGAAAGCGGAUACUUCCGUUGGCUCUUCGGAGGAGUCCUUGGAUGAUCUUGACCCGCCGUCUGCCCAUGCGCCUCCGACACCGGACUCGCCUCUCUAUCAACGGGAGUUGAAGCUGGAGAAAGAGAAGGAGGCAGAAUCGAGCCCUCCCGUACGACCUGGGCCAAUGCCCCUUACAGAGUCUAAGCCGUCCAGCGAGAAAGAGGGCGACUCUGGAGCUACAGUCGGCGUGCCUUCUGAGAAAACUAUCAAGCCGGCGUCACCAAAGUCGGAGAGGGAAAAGAUUACGCCCGACCUCCCCGUCCUGGUCGUCGAUGACGACCCGUUAACGCGCUCGCUGAUGAAACGGAUGCUGACUCGGCUGGGGUGUAAUGUCUCGACCGCUGAGAACGGAGAGAUGGCGUUGAAGAUGAUCAAUGGCGGUCGGCCGUUGUCGCUCGUCCCUACACCUAUGCCCACCCCGUCGUCGGAGAACACUGCGGCCAGUUAUGGGUUGGCGGGAGAUGCGCGGGCGACUCCCGAGGAGCCGCACAGUCGAUAUGCAAUUGUAUUCUUGGACAACCAGAUGCCAGUCCUAUCGGGCGUGGACGCAGUCAGGAGGCUGCGCCAGUGUGGAAGGCGCGACCUGGUCGUUGGAGUGACGGGUAACGCGCUGCUGAGCGAUCAGCAGGAAUAUCUCGAGGCUGGGGUUGACCACGUACUGACGAAGCCUGUUCGAGAGGCUAGUUUGAAGACGAUGCUGGUGCUCGCGGAUGAGCGCCGGAAACGGACGUUGUCGCCAACCGAUGUGCCAGAAGAGUCUCCAUGACAAGAGACGAACCCUUAAUUUUCUUUCCAUCGAUUUAAUGACAAUGACCCCCCACGCAUAUUCAUUCUUUUUGGGCAGUUUGGGAAAUAGACGCCAUAUAUACACCUUAGUAGUAGUAUUUAUCAUACCUAGUUCUCCUUAACACACACACACCGCAUUAAUACCCUUCAUACACACUCCAUGUAUUCACACCAUUUGUAUCCGUACACGCCAUACACGAUGCCACCUUUUGAUACCAACGC